UGGCUGUGUUUUCUCUGGAUUUUGGUCGGAAAGUUUGCGACCAUGAGCAGCAGCUAUUAUUUUGCCAUCGUUGGACACAAUGACAAUCCGAUAUUCGAAACGGAAUUCGUCACAGCAAAUAAGGAAGCCAAGAAAGAAGACCACCGGCAUCUGAACCAAUUCAUCGCCCACGCCGCACUCGAUCUGAUCGACGAGCACAAGUGGAAGACGAACAACACGUAUCUGAAAUCGAUCGACAAGUUCAACCAAUGGUUCGUGUCCGGGUUUGUCACGGCGAGCCACCUGCGCUUCGUGAUGGUGCACGAUAACCGCAACGAUGAGGGCAUCAAGAACUUCUUCAACGAGAUGUACGAAACGUACAUCAAAUACCUGAUGAACCCGUUCUACUCGCCGAACACGCCGAUCAAAUCGCAAGCGUUCGAAAAGAAAGCGCAACUGUACGGAAAAAAGUUUCUCGGGACGUAGCUGCCGGUUGGAAUCGCGCUGCAAAGCAUUCCGAUCCGACAUUAGCUGGUAAUGAAUAUGGGUGUU